AUGUCUCUAAAGUACGACAAAGUCCUCGUUCUCGGUGCCACGUCAGGCAUCGGCUGGGCUCUGGCAGAGAAGAUCGUACAGGAUGGCAAGCACGUUAUCGUCGUUGGGCGGCGACAGGAGAAGCUCGACGAGUUCGCCAGCAAGCAUGGCAAAGACAGGGUCUCGACCAAGGCUUUCGACAUCACCAAGCUCGACGAUAUUCCCACGUUCGCGCGGGACAUUACCAAGGAACACCCCGAUCUUGACUCGGUGAUUCUCAACUCGGGCAUCCAGCGCGGCUUCGACUUCUCCAAGCCUGACACGGUCGACCUGGACGUGCUGGAGCUCGAGUUCCGCACAAACUACCUCUCGUACAUGCAUCUCACGACCGCCUUCAUUCCGUUUCUGCAGAGCAAGGACACCGAGACAAGCCUCAUCUACACAACAUCAGGCCUGGCUCUUCUCCCCCUCCCGAGAUGUCCAAACUACUGCGCCUCGAAGGCGGCCCUGCACCACAUGAUCCUGGUCCUCCGUGAGCAGCUGCGGGCCGGGCCGGGCAACAUCAAGGUCAUCGAGAUCUUCCCGCCAGCUGUGCAGACCGAGCUCCACGACUCCAAGCACCAGCCUGACAUCACCGACGGCGGCAGCAUCGGCAUGCCGUUGGACGAGUUUAUUGACGAGACGUGGCAGAAGCUGGCCAACGGCGACGAGCAGAUUCCAGUUGGGUUUGUUAGCAAUGCUUUUGAGAAGUUUGAGAAGACGAGGCAGGCCAUGUUUCACGACUUCAUGAUGAAGACGCACUAG